GAUUUCCAAAAGUCUGCAAGCAAUCACCGGAAAAAUUCUAUAGCUCUCCACAAAGUACAAGUGAAAUGCUCAUUAAAUUUGAAAAAAUUUUACCAGUAAAAAAAGGACAACCGAAUUCCGAGCGUGUGAUAAAAUUCGUGGACAAAGAGCUUUUAACCGAACAAAAUGAGAAUCACUCUGAAGAUGAGGAUGACGAUUAUGCUGAUAUAUUAUCUUCACGCUUUACUGAAUUUCUUAUCCAGCUU